AUGAACUUGGACUUGGACUUUCAGGAACAAAUUGCUCUUUGCUACCUCAUUAUCUUGGUUUUCAUCGCCAUCUUCACACUUCUAGGAAAUACCUUAGUCUUGAUUGUGACCUGGAGGGAAAGAGGUCUUCAUCAACCAAAUAAAUAUUUUAUUGCUUUUCUGGCUGUGGCUGAUCUUCUCGUUGGUGUGUUGCUGAUACCAUUGAAAUUGUACCAACACAAUCUAGAUCAUGAAUCACUAAGUACAAUGUCUCUUCAUCUGUGUAGAUUUUUAGUGUGGAUUGACACCUUUGCUUUCACAAUAUCAAUUUACACGUUGACAUUCAUCAGUUUUGAUCGAUAUCUCAAAAUCAGUAAACCACUUCAAUAUAAAUCACGAAUGACAACUUCCAGAUCAGUAAAAAUAAUUUUCCUAAUUCUUAUCAUUUCAACUUUCAUUGCAACAUACGCCCGUCACCCUUCAUUCAGGGGCAUUGGACACUUGGUGAAUGGCGUCGGUCCCUGCAAAUUACGAACCAAGCAAAAUCCAUGUUCCUUUUGGCAAAAUGAAAUGAAUUUGUUAAAUAAUAUAUUAAUAAUAGCCUUUAUUGGACCUUUGUAUAUCAGUUUAUGUUCUGUAAUUUUACAAGAGCUUUUCAUUUUUAAUAAUGGCGUAAAGCACAAUGUCAUUCAAUCAUUCAGGACGACAGAUAUUAACAAGUGGACAUACGUGUUAGCACACGAGAAACAAUCUCUUCCGUAUCACGUAUCUUUGUUAGUUUUAAUCGCCAUCUUCACAUUCUUUGGAAAUAUUUUGGUGUUGAUUGUGACCUGGAAAGAAAGAAGUCUUCAUCAACCAAAUAAAUACUUUAUCGCUUUUCUGGCUGGGGCUGAUCUUAUCGUUGGAUUUGUUGUGAUACCAUUGAAAUUGUAUCAACUCAGUCUUGAUGCUGAACAGAAAAAUGCAAUGUCAGUUCACCUCUGUCGCUUUUCAGCGUGGAUUGACACAUUUGCGCUAACAACAUCUAUCUGCACACUUAACUUCAUCAGUUUUGAUCGAUAUCUCAAAAUCAGCAAGCCACUUCAAUAUAAAUCACGAAUGACAACUUCCAGAUUAGUAAAAAUAAUAUUCCUCAUUGUUUUCAUUUCAUCGUCCAUUGCCACGUACGCCGCUGCUCCACAUCCUGGAAACAUUGCACUUUUAGAAAAUGGCGUUGGUCCUUGCAUUUUAAUCCAUCUUGACGACCGAAGCAAAGUAUUUUUCACUUUUUUAUCAAUCAUUGUGUUUUUUCUUCCCACCAUAUUCAUGCUGAUUAUGUACGUUUUCAUUUUUCUUGUUGCUCAUAAACGACAGAAGACGUUUUUAAACGGGGAACUGGGCCAAAUAAACAAUCAAAAUCGACGAGCUGCACUUCGUCAAGAUAUAAAAGUGAUUAAAAUGUUGUUGGUUGUUGUUGGAGUUUUUAUAUGUUGCUGGUCUCCGUGGAUUCUAACGAUUUUGCUGUCGUUUUAUCAUCCAUAUAUAUAUGGUGUUAGUUACAGAUAUUACAUAGCAUUUGUUGUAAUACGCGCACUUCCAUUACUGAACAGCAUGUGCAAUCCUGUCAUUUAUGCCUGGUUCGACCAAACAUACAGAGAAGCCUUCAAACGUCUUUUUCAGCGAAUGAUGUGUCGACCAGACUCAAGAAGCCAACACAUGCAGUAG